CCGGUGUUUACCUCACACAGGCGUGGCUCCGCAUUCGCUUCACCAGAUUCGCCACUUUCACCCGGUAGAGAUAAUUCCCAAACUUUCUGAUGAGCCUGAGACCUGUGUCACGUCCGCUGCUGACGCCGGUAUUAUGGUGUAUUAUAUUAACCCUCACCCGUGUCGGGGGUGAUAGAGUGAGGAAAGUGCUGCGGCCAAUGUGCAGGGUGUACCGGCGAAUUGCGCGGGACGGAAGGAUCGUUCCCAGUCCCAGGUACCGGCAGCCGCCGGGGUGUCACCCCCAGAGGGGCGGAGCCAGGGACUACAGCAGCCAGAGCUCCAUCCGUGCCUGUUAUGGGAUUGGUUACAAUAAUUACACAGCCAGUGGUCUCUCCUGCUUCCUGACAGCGCGCCUUCUGCUUUUCCCACUUCUUCCCCAGGGAUCUGGGCUGCAGAGCACAGGAUUGAAAAAAAAUGUCUGACCAGGAAGAUGAUAUUUGGGGUUACAAAUCCAACAGGAAAAGAAGAGCUUCAGGCAGAAAUGGGGAUGUAACCGUUUCUCAGGAAGAGGGGAGAAAAGCUGGGGGACAGGGAAAGAGAAGGGGUGACGGGAGAACGGGCGCAUCACGAAAGACUAAGAAUCCCAGGAAGAGAAAGAAAGCAGACACUUCACCGGACCCAGCACGUGAGCAAAAUAAACCAGCAAAACACGGAGCGGAUUCUCCAGGGGAAGUGCUGACAACACCGACAAGACAACCGAACCCCACAACUCCACAAGCCAGGCACAGCGGGUACUGCCCCAGCUGCCAGAUGCCCUUCUCCAUACUCUUGGUACAGACGCCUCGAUGGCACGUCAGUGAAUGUUUGGACACAGUGGCAGCCGCACAAACAGAAUGUCCGGACGGGAUGAGAUGCUCGUCAACCAUUGCUUCACACUACAAGAGGUUCUCUCACUUCCUGCUCGCACACAGCAGAGCUGGGGACCAGUCCUUGUUUUCUCCACCACCUUCUCCAUAUUGUCCUUCAUCUCAAGCUGGGGAAUCGAACAUAUCAAAUGACAAAAGACACAGCCAUAGGUCACCGGCGUUCAUUAAUAGCAAUACAACCCCCAAGUCUCGGUCCCCCACCAGCUCUCAGGACUCGGUAAAAUGGAUAUCACUCGAUGCCUGGCUCUCGCCUUCCAAAAGGGCUGAAAACUCUGCUGCCUUAUCGCAGGAGAGACCCAGUCGCAGUACUCCAAGCCGCGUGAGGUCUGCGCGUCCGUCGCGGCAAGGCGCUGAUAGUGAUCGCACAAUCUCUUUUUCCCCACUUGUCAGCGACCAGGAACUGUUCAGCGAUGGAGAGGAGAGCAGCUGCUCAGUAAAGGGACAGAUCCCCAGGAAAUUGUCUGCCAGCUCGGGAAAUAACGUCAGCAGGAGAUUGCUGGCUACAUACGACUGCCACAAUAAUAUAAAUGAAACUGUAACAACUCCCCCCAAGCAGGCAAAUAACAUCGAUGAUUCAAACGCUGUAAGCAGUGUUACUGGGGUCAGCACCUGUGCUAGUGAUCAGGCUGGGACUGCAAAUUGCACUGAGCAGGGCAAUUGGUCUGAAUGUAGUACACCUGGGUCAGAGCCCUGGGGAUGGGAUUUAACACAGCUGGAUCCUGAGUGCUGGAUAGAUGAGGAGUCUGACAACAUUAAUCCAGAUUCCUUCACCCAGACCCAAGGGCUCUCUCUGGCUGCAGAGGUCUGUGAGGAAGAAGAGAUAAUCCACACGUCUGAGCAAACGCAGCAUCCGCACACGGCAAACAGCGGGCCGCCGGCAGCUUGGGCAGAGGAAACGUCGACGCAAAGUUCUCAGGUGAUGUCAGCCUCCGCAAAGGCGAUGAAGCAAAUGGAUAUUGGAGUGUUUUUUGGUCUAAAACCGAAGGCAAAAGCGGAGGUGAAGGUUCCCUUGAAAAGCCAAAGCCCCAAUGCCAUUGCCCCCCAGAGCCAGAAGCCUGUCAGGAAAAGGAAGGCUAAGGGCUCUUUAGGAGACGGUGGGUCCCUCGCUGAUUACCCCAGUGAGGUCUCAGCAGCUGCAGCCACUGGAACCCAGAAACGCUGGGGAAAGAGAUUCCAGCAGGACUCCACCGCAGAGGAGGGUAGAGGAAAGAAGCAGUGUCCCUUCUACAAGAAAAUCCCAGGCACCGGCUUUGUGGUGGACGCUUUCCAGUACGGGCAAAUAGAAGGCUGCUCUGCGUACUUCCUCACCCACUUCCACUCCGAUCACUACGGGGGUCUCACAAAGAAAUUCCGCUUCCCCAUUUAUUGCAGCAAGAUCACAGGGAACCUGGUGGAGAGUAAACUGAGAGUGGAGAAGCAGUUCAUUAAUACGCUGCCCAUGAACACAGAGUGCGUAGUGGACAACGUGCGAGUGAUCCUGUUGGAGGCGAACCACUGUCCCGGAGCUGUUCUGCUUCUCUUUAUCCUCCCCAAUGGGACGAAGGUGCUUCACACGGGAGACUUCCGCGCAGAGCCCUCCAUGGAGCGAUAUCCAGCUCUGAUUGGUCAGAAGAUCCACACCCUGUACCUGGACACCACAUAUUGCAGUCCAGAGUACACCUUUCCCCCGCAGCAGGAGGCCGUGCAGUUUGCGGUGAACGCUGCGUUUGAGACGAUGACUCUGUAUCCGCGCACCCUGGUUGUCUGUGGAACCUACUCUAUUGGGAAGGAGAGAGUCUUCCUGGCGAUCGCCGAUGUUCUAGGCUGUAAAGUCUGCAUGUCCCAGGACAAAUACAAAACCAUGCAGUGCCUGGAGUCCGCUGAGAUCUCCUCGCUGGUGACUACAGACUGGCACAGUACCGCCUUGCACGUCCUGCCCAUGAUGCAGGUUAAUUUUAAGGGUCUUAACGCCCACCUCAACAAGUUCUCAGGAAAAUACGACAGAGUCUUGGCCUUUAAACCUACAGGAUGGACGUAUUCUGAGGGCUGCGGUUCAGUGGCUGAUAUCCGGCCGGACGUUCGAGGGAAAGUCACCAUUUAUGGUGUUCCUUACAGCGAGCACAGCAGUUACCUGGAGAUGAAACGUUUUGUCCAGUUUGUAAAACCUCAGAAAAUAAUCCCGACGGUCAAUGUGGGCAACUGGAAGUCUCGUACCGCCAUGGAGAAAUAUUUUGCCGAAUGGCUUUCAGAAGUCAGAAGCAAAUAAGCUUUUGUACGAAUAUUCUGCCGCAUACUUUAAUGUACUAUUCUGCACUUUCCUAUCUUAUUAGCUGCUAAAUAUUCUGGAGACCAAUAUAUAUCUCCUUUUUUAAGUGUCAGAAAUUUUAUAUUUAUUCUGCAAGGAAGUCUGUCUGUGCAGGGCAGCGAGCCCAUGAAUGUCUGUUUGUCGUACGCUAGGGUGAUAAUGUCUCUAUUCUGUAACACUAAAGUCUUAGGGGCAGUUCAGUUUAGAUGGGGGAGUCCCUUUCUGGUGCGAGUCGGUGUGGUUGAAUGUCGCACUUCUGGGGUUGAGGUGCUGUGCUGUUGGUGGCAUAUCCGUGUCGUUACAUCGCUUCCCCCUCUCUUCUAAUUGAAUUGACCGCUUAAUGUGUUGUCAUUUUUACUUGUAAUGAAAUUACUGAUUUCUAAAUAUAUAUAAAUAAUAAAUAAUUGUGUAAUGGAAUGUUCUAUUCCAGGACAAGAUUUUUAAUGGAAAAAUAAAUCCUUUUACAUAAAGAA